AGGAGAACUGGAGCAAUCACCACCCUGUGUCGACGUUACCGACGGAACAAGACAACGAUAGUGACGACGACAAGCCUAUUGGGACUCUGCGCUCGCCAGACAAAAGUAGACUGACGUCUCCGGUGCGCUCAGUGGGCAUUACACCUUCUAGUACACACUGAAUGUCCUGCAGAAAACCCAACAUGAAUCCAAAGUUAGCGAGCCCAUGUUCGAUAUCAGUGUUGACGAUCCACAGAAAGUGGGAGAUCCCAUUCGGUCGUUUACAAUGUACACGGUGCAUACGCGGACAACAUCUCCUCUUUACCAAAAAUCAUCCUUUUCUGUUCUACGACGCUACUCCGACUUUCUGUGGUUAUACGAGCAGCUAUCACUCAACAAUCCAGGCGUUGUCGUUCCGCCCGUUCCGGAAAAGAAUACCUUUGGUCGAUUUGACGACCAGUUUGUACGGCAACGCCGGUUCGCCCUGGAGAAAUGCAUACAGAAGAUUGCCAAUCACCCGAUCUUGGGCAAGGACACAGAUUUGAAGAUGUUCCUGGAGAGUGAUAGUUUUGCGUUAGAUAUUAAGCACCGGAAAGGUCAGAGCGGCGGUUUGAUGGCCACGAUUGGGCAUAGUCUUACUGGGCCAAGGUUUUCUGAGACCGACGAGUGGUUUGACAAACAGAAAGGAUACCUUGACAGUCUUGAGUCCCAGCUCCGUGGACUGGCGAAAGCUAUCGAAGUAGUGGCUAAGCAGCGCGCAGAGAUCUCUGUAGCAACUGGCGAAUUUGCACAAACAGUCGCGGACUUGUCGUCUUCCGACCUCGGGAGUCAAUUGGCACAGUCGCUAGCUGGUCUAGCAGACGUUGAGCGCAAAUCCCAGGAUAGUCAGGUCGUGCAAUCAGAGCAGGACAUGGUCACAUUGAUGGCCACUGUUGAUGAAUAUGCGCGCUUGAUAAACUCGGUUCGACUGGCGUUCUCUUCCCGUAUCCGAACGUAUCAUGCAUGGCGGAAUGCUGAAAGCGAAGCGGUUCGGGUGAAGCAGACUCACGACCGUAACAGGGCUCAAGGGCGAAUACCGCCAGAUCGAGCGGGAUAUGGACUGACGCAGAUUGCUGAUGCGGAACGCAAGUCGUUGGAGGCCAAACACGAGUUUGAAAGCGUCUCAAGACUUGUCAAGUCAGAGGUCGCUAGGUUUGAACAGGAAAGAAUCGAGGACAUCAAAGAUUCACUGAAUGCGUUCUUGGAGGGCAUGAUUGUGAGACAGAAGCAGAUGAUACACCAGUGGGAGAAUUACCAGCAAAUGCUGCUGAAGAAGGUUGGUGCUGGGCGAGGCGGAAAUCCUUAAAUACGACGCAUUACAGUAUACCCUUUUCAAGCUAUUCCCUUUGGAUUGACGAGUUGACGCACCUGUGAGCUGAUUUGCGGAGGCUUUCUCGGCGACAAGACGAAUACCUUGGAUCGUAAUUUUUCCAGAUGUCCAUUGCACAUACA